CCUGAGCCGAGGGCGGUGCGCGACGGCACGAAAGAAAGCGGCGCCUCUUCUUCAGUACUUCCGGAACUCGGUCGGUUCCGUUCCCCCUUCCUCCCCCCGCAGCUUUUCUACCGAGAGCGGAAGGCGAGAGCGGCCUGCCUUGACGUCGCCGGCUGGAGCCUUCGGAACAGACUGACACGAGAAGGACGGUGGGGGCGCUGCCCAAACCGAGAGGAUGGUGACGGACGUGCAGCUGGCCAUCUUUGCCAAUAUGCUUGGAGUCUCGCUGUUUCUCCUGGUCGUCCUUUAUCACUACGUGGCCGUCAACAACCCGAAGAAGCAGGAGUGAGCGAAUGACUGGAGCGCCCCCUCCUGACCACCCCCGCCCCCAAAGAAUGCAGAGCCAUCAGCACAUGAAGGCCCAGAUGCUAUAGCUGUACUUGGCUUUGUUGAAACCCUGGAGAUAAUAAAUGAUUAGAGAAUACACUUCA